UUACCCACACCGAGGAAUAUUCCGUGGAUCCCAGCCUAUCUGCAAUAAUGGCGCCAAAUAUUACGUCCAGUUCUGCUCCUACCAGGUCCGAGACCAAUGAACUUGGCCACGAUACUUCCAAGUUCGUGCAGCGACAUCCCCACAACGUACCGUCUGCGAACUCCUCGAAGGGUGAGCACAAAAUGCGAAGCCCGAAAGCAAAGCCUCAGGUAGACGAAAAUGGGUGGACGGUCGUGUCGGCUACCAAGAAAGUCGAGCCUGGCUCCCAGAAGCCCACUUCGUUACCUCCCUCGUCUCCUCGGACCUGUCAAAAUCAGUUCGAUGCGCUUCAGACUCAUGAAGAUACACAUCAGGCUCGGGAUCAGGGUCGCGAGUGCAAGAAGCUAGUCCUCGGCAACGACAAGAUGUCUCUUCCGUCUCCAAAGCUGGCGGCCAAGUCAGUUGAGGGCUCUCGUGCUACUUCAAAUACUUCAAGCUCAUGGGUUGAUGUCUGCAAGUUUCCGCUGACUGCUCCUAAAGCUACUGCCCCGUCGCAUAAUGAGCUUUCCUUGACGAAAGCAGAGGCGAAGGCACAGAUUAUUCCGAAAAGUUCUGACUUCCCGAAUAUAUUGACAUCCCAGCUUCCCCAGAUCCCCCAGGCAAGGGCCUCAUGGGCUAAUGUGGCGUCAUCAACUCCUGUAGAGGCAGAGAACCCUACGACUAAGCUCUCUGUGGACGUGUGCGACCCAACUAAGGACGAGAAGGGCCCCUCGGUAGUGACUGAAGUGCCCCUGGAAGUGGACGUCCUAGCCGCUCCGCCCAUCCUACCAGAGACGAUUACUCUGCCAGCGGUUUCGCAUGCAAACACUUCAAUGUCUCCUUCUUUCGCGGGAUCAGCUACGCCUGCGAUCGAGACUACAGGUUUGUCGCCCCAGCCAAAUUCUUCAUCAGCGAAGCCUCUCCCAUCAUCACCUAGCCCUAUAAGAGAACAGAGUUCUGAUAACCUCCUUGUAAUGAUCCGUCAAGAGCGCCAAUGUCUCUUAGAAGGCCCUCAAAUAACGAUCUACGUUGGAGAGAUCGCGAUUACGGGAAUAUCUAAGCGCGCAGCUAUGGCCGCGUCGUCUGUGCUGAACAAGCACUUCACAAAGCAUCCUGAGCUGCUGGAGUGCCGCUUCUCCACAGGCUACAUGGAUCCUGAUGCUAUUCAGCUGCUCCUCGUUACCUGGAUGGAACCGAUGUGCAGGGAAUUCGAGGCCUACGCUGUUCCUGUGCAGGAGACCUUCGAUGGAAAUAUAGCUCUGCUACGUGCAUCUCGUUUUCUAGGUAUGGAGCGCUAUACCAGGGACAUCCUUACCGGGCAUAUCAGCUACUUGAAAUCUCACCUUCCUAGCUACGAUGAGAUAGUAGCCGUCGAACAGAAUACUACCUCAGAGAAAGACCCGCUGUGGACUAAUAUGGUGAACCACCUCUGCCACGAUCGUUUCAAAGGCCUCAUGCCGGAUCCGAGGGAGUUCGCAGCCUUCCUGGAGAAGCAUCCCAAGCUAAAGAAGGCGAUGGAGUCCGCCGAUGCUUACUUCUCCGGUAUAGCGAAGCAGAAGUGGGGGGCCAUAAAAGCGGAGCGGCGCCAGCGAUGGGAGACGAACCAAGCUGAAAAGAAAGUGCGUUUGGCUCAGAAGCAAGCAGUUACAUAG